AGCAAUACAUACACCUAGCUUAUCCACCCUGUUAACUCCGAAAAAAGAAGUCAAUUAAUUAACCUCUUUCUUAUUCUUUCUCCUUACGCAAUAUUCCCUUCGAUCCUCUCUUCCCUCAUUCUUCGCUCUCUCUCUCUCUCUCUCUCUCUCUCUUACAUCGUCACCCUCCAUUUGUGCCACUUCCUUUCUGAGGUCCCCUUCCUUCUUUUCUCUUAACAUUCAUUUUCUCUCUCCACCCUUUUGUUUGUUGUCGAACCCUCUCUCUCUGCACCAACACCUCCUUGAGCCAUUCUUCUCCCUUGGUCCCAGUGUCAAAUAUUUAGGGAAGAUGAUGCUCGAAGGAUCGGUUGAGUUGGAGACCGUGCUUUCUUUAAGAUCUCCUACAGAAGAUAUGGAAAAUGAUGACUUGUUUGGUAAACCAAUGAGCACAAAGAGUAGAGACGCUUGUAGUGACUGGUUGGAGAAGAACUUCUAUUCAUCAUUGCUGGAGACACAGAAUCAAAGGAACCAAGCUGCACUGAGGUUGCAGAAAGUUUACAAAAGUUUUAGGACAAGGAGGCAGCUUGCAGAUUGUGCAGUUCUUGCAGAGCAGAGAUGGUUAGUUUCAACACACGUACCUGGGUGGAAGGCUUUGGAUUUUGCUGAACUAAAGCGCAGUUCUAUAUCAUUUUUUGACAUUGAGAAACCAGAAACGGCCAUUUCACGUUGGUCAAGGGCAACAAAGAGAGCUGCCAAGGUUGGAAAGGGUCUGUCUAAGGAUAUGAAGGCUCGCAAACUUGCUUUGCAGCACUGGCUAGAGGCAAUUGACCCCCGACACCGCUAUGGUCAUAAUCUUCAAUUUUAUUAUGUCAAAUGGCUUCGCUGUGAUAGCUAUCAACCUUUCUUCUAUUGGCUCGAUAUUGGGGAUGGCAAGGAGGUACUUUCUGAUAGAUGUACUAGGACAAAACUUCAGCAGCAAUGCAUCAAGUAUCUGGGUCCAGUGGAAAGAAAAUGUUAUGAAGUAGUUAUUGAGAAUGGGAGGCUCUUGUACAAGAUUAGUGGGAAACCGGUUGAAACAACAGAAGAUGCAAAGUGGAUUUUUGUACUUAGUACAUCCAAGACUCUUUAUGUCGGGAAGAAGAACAAGGGCACAUUUCAACAUUCAAGCUUCCUAGCAGGGGGAGCCACAUUGUCUGCUGGUAGAUUAGUGGCGGAGGAUGGUGUUCUUAAGGCAGUUUGGCCUCACAGUGGGCAUUAUCUCCCAACAAAAGAAAAUUUUGAGGAACUCAUGUCAUUCCUUAAGGAGAAUAAUGUGGAUCUUACAGAUGUAAAGAAAAAUCCAGUUGAAGAAGAAGAGUUCGCCAAAAUUAACCAAGAUCUCUUCCGAGACAAUCCUUCAGAGGUCAUGGAACCUCCAAACAUUGAAACUGAAAGUUCCAACACGUUAGCUGAAGAUCUGCCUAACUUGAGAAAUGAGGAUUCUAAUGCUGAUUCAAAUCAUCAACAACCCUUGUCAAGAUUGUCAGUACGACUAGGAUCAAAAAUAACUAAACUUGAGAUACCAAAACGAGUCACGGUGUAUGACAUUUUUGGAGAGCUAGCAAAUGGUCCUCGUACCAAAUUUUAUUCUCCAACUGCAGUAUCAGAAUGCGGUUAUGAGACAGCAGAAGAAUCAUUUAUAAACGAGGAGGAAUUCAUGGUUUCCAAAUCAAACAUGUUUGCUGAAGAUGAAGAUGAAAUAGACGAGAAUACUAUUCCAAAGGAGAAAAUCUUGAAGAGGAUAGAUUCACAUAAAGGAAGGAAAUCAUAUCAAUUGGCCAAUCACUUGUCUACCAAAUGGACAACGGGUGCAGGCCCUAGAAUUGGUUGCAUGAGAGACUACCCUCUAGAGCUUCAGAAUUUGAUUCUGGAGCAGCAAAAUUUGUCUCCAAGGACAAGAACAACAGCUCCAUCACCCCGGAUCCCACCAUUGUCUCGCUUCAGCCCUCGUGUUGCUUUUCCACCUCCUUUGGCUGAUGCUCCAAGUGCCUGAAGCGGCUAGUAUAUUAAGCUGACAAUACAUAGGAUGAAGUAGCAAUUAAGGGGUGCCACUUCUGUUGAGAAAACGACAUAGGAGUUCUUUUUGCAAUGCUUUUGAUGCCAUUCUUCAAAGCCAUAUAGUUUUUGUAGGUCAUGUGAUGGAUGAGGAACAUAAGAACUUUGUAAGUUCUGGUUCCAAAUGAGGAGAGAAACUGAUUGGCUUCUUUCAUCCAAUCUAGAUUGAGAUUAUAGCAACUUGCAAAUCAUUAAUAACACGUAUAGUAAUGCAGAAAAUUUCUCUGGGGAUUGCUGAUCACCUUUGUGUUAUCCUUCAAAGUAUGUACUCUAUUUAUCUUAUAUAUGAUAACAUGAGGAGGAAAUAGACAAGAUGAAAUAGGUAGGGUAAGAUUAUAUUAAAUUUUAUUGUUACCAACACCGAAAUUGUUACUGAGUGUUUUCAAUCCUUAAUAUCU